CUCUCUCCCUUCUACUCUCUUCAUUCCAGCGGUUCGGCAGGGAUCGGCCCCACCAGUCUGGCCCGGAUCUUAUCGCGAGUGUGGCUGGUGUCUCAACGCCCCAGGACACUGCCACCGUUGUUGACGAAUACAGUGACAAUUAAAGCAACAUAGGAAUAUUCCGGAAAGCAAAGAGCAAGGUGCUCUUAUAUGCGCAUUGUCGAUCUUCUAAAGCAUAGUUUCUGUGAAUCGACAGUUGAGUGUUGCAGCAAAUCAACGUCCCGUGUUAUCCGGACCUUUUACGACAUACUUUAUUUACACUGGACGACAAACAACUAUAUCCGCCUAGGAGCCCGAAGGUCACCCUCUUAUUGGCGCCACUUGUUCUCCAAGUCUGAAACGAGACUUCUUUGCCAGUUGGGGUCAGAACGACUCAGGAACCAUGACCACCGCUUUCACAUGCAACUGGCAACAGCAGAACAUUCAUAGCAACCAACAACAGCGGCAGCACAUUGACCUCAUAUCCCACCCUUUUGUCCAGUUACAUACUGCGCCCUGCAGCGAUGCCAUCCUCAAGCCCCCUCUUGAUAUACCCAUGAUUGCAGACUUGGAUGGCACUACAACAGUCCUCUCUCCGGACCUGUACCAGGGCGUCUACACCACUGUUCAACUCACUGACCUAGACAACAUGUCGCCUCCUCUGUCUCCGGGUUUAACUAGCAGCUCUUCCGUCGAUGACAAGGAAGGCAAGCAAGAACCGCAGGGCCUGAUCAAAUCUGGAACUGCAAUAGAAACCGCCCGGUCGAAGAAACCCAGUUCUCGCGCAUCAUCAACAUCCAAGCGCCAUAACCGGUCUACCUCUAGGAGUACUGCCGGAAGAUCAGCACCGGCUAGUGCUCGAAGUUCCCUGCAGCUACCUACGCGGCAGCCAACAUACGGCUCCUUGUCUCCUUCCAGCUCUCAUCGGAGUGGCAGAACAGUCAUGUCGCGACAGAAACGGGAUGAAUUGAUUUCCCUGCAUCGUGAAAGUUGUCGAAUAUUCCAGGAGAGCGGAAGCAGCUGGACUGGAAUCCAGCAGGAGAUCGGCCGUCCGGUGUUACGGCAUAGCAUUGAAAUAAACGAUCCUCUCCGUCCUUCACGUCCACCUCGCGCCAACACUGCGCCGGCGCACGACUUUGCACGCUCGACGCCUGAAUGGAUCUCUAUACCAUCUCCUUCUGCAACAUCUCCCGUCAAGUCGCGGCGGUAUCCGCCCUCUGCUCUUGAGGCUGCAUCAGAGCACGCUUCCGAUUCCGAGCGUUCAGACGCCGAUUCUGUUCUUGUUCACUCCGUGGGACGGCAAAGUAAGACUUACUCGGAAUAUGAGCGCCCACAUAAGCCAACACCUGCUACUGUGAUCGACUGGACCUCCCCGUCCACGCGGAAGCGCGAGUACGAGAAAAUCGAUCGUUCCACUCGGGGCGUCCGUGGACUUUGGAGACGUUUCGCGCCCAGGUGGUGCCAAUCAGGCUCCAAGAGAACGCCCUUCUAUGAAGUAGGAAAACACGGCAAGCCCAACUACGAAGGAAGCGUGCGGCGUUUCAGGCUAGAUGUCCCGGACGAGGAACCUUUUGGCGACAUGGAAUGCCACGAGAAGUCCCUUGUCGGGUUGGGUGGCGACGGUCAAGACGAUUCGAGUUUCUACGACAUGCUCGAGAACAGGCAUAGUAAAUCAAGCUCUUCCAGCGACCGCGGAACCUGGCGCUGUCUGAAGACAAAGAGACGAGCGAUGUCGACGCGUUAAUUUCAU